ACGCCCUUCAAUCUCCAUCCCUCCCAAAUCGAGUGAAACAGUCCUUUUGAUUUCCGAAGUCACACUCCCUACUCUAUCCGGCACGCCCUUCAGCUGAACUUCGAUUAUGGAGAGUACGAGGGACAGAUUCAGUGGACUUCCGGCGGUUAUACUCGACAAGAUUUUGACAUUAUUGUCCAUUGAAGGAGCUGCUAGAAUGGCUGUUUUGUCAACUCGGUGGAGAAAUUCAUGGCUCGGCCUUUCAACACUCUGCUUUGAUGAAUACUUCUUUUGUUACAUUACAAAUAAGUAUAUCCCGUACUAUGCUGCUAGCGGUGUCAGGGAUAAGAAAGUAAUAUACGAAAAUGAAAGCAUCAACAUCUUAGUCUCUGUGAGUUUCUAUGUAAUCAGUAAAGUUCUCAUGUUUCACAAAGGACCUAUUCGCAAAUUCGUCUUUAUAUUCUUUGAGGACGGGAUAGGAGCAGGAACACUCAGAUCACGACUAUUUGACGUUGAUCAAUGGCUCUCUUUUGUCACACAAAAAGGAGUUGAAGAAAUCCACCUUACUUUUGAUCGACAAGAUGGGUUCUUACUGCCAGAUUGCAUCUUUUCCUGCCCAACACUCAGGAGGUUGCAUCUUUCUGGAACCGCUUAUGACACAGCGAAUGCCCCUUGCGUACUCCUAAAUUUCACUGAACUUCGUUUUAUGAAUGUUCGCUUUGAGCCUAUAGAUCUUCUAAAUCAUACAAUUAAUGCUCCCAUGCUUGAGGAUCUCUCAUUUUUUGCAUGCGAUCAAACCAUGUUCUAUUUUAACAUAACUGCUCUGAGACUUCGUGUGUUAGCAUUUCAUGGUUGCUCUUAUAGACAAAACAUUGGUUAUCUUCCUGUUAAUUCGAGCUUGCGGAAUAUUCAUACUCUUGUUUUGGAUCCUUAUUCGAUCAUGAAGGGGGAAGCUGGUUCAGCCAAUAUGCCCGAAAUUGCGCGAAAUACACAUACAAUCAUGUUUCUCGAAUCGAUAUCUGAGUGCUUAAAGACACGGUCAAAACUCUGGAAGGAACUUUAUCAUGUGGCUCAAACACUCAACUCUCUUCACACUUUGAGUUUGAGCUAUGAUGAGGUUUUCAUAAUUUCGUCCAAGAAUUCGCUGCUUUGGGUCGAAGGUCUCCUGUCCGCCUUUCCAACGCUUGAGAAGUUCAAUAUGGGAGUGCGGGACAUCAAUCUCAAGACUGUUCAGAAGUUCUUGCGUUGUACUCUGUAUUUGGAAAACUUCUUCUUCAUGGUUAGCUCACUUUACUCAUUCCAGCUUGUCUGGAGAGAUGCGUGGUUCGGUCUCUCGCACUUGUGCUUCGAUGAACAAUUCUUUAGCCUUUUUUGUAAGAAAGAUCCGCAGGGUAGCGAAUAUGUCGAGGAUUAUUCGUGUUCGUAUGUAAUCACCAAAAUUCUCCUGCAGCACAAGGGAUCUAUCCGAAAAUUGGCCUUUCUUCACUCAGGUGUUGAGGCACUAACUGUUAAGUCACAGUCAUUCCACAUGUCUCGGUGGCUGCUUCAAGUCACACGACAAGGCGUUGAAGAAAUUGAACUUCGUUUUAGCAGUAAAGAAUACAAGUUGCCGAAUUGCGUGUUUUCGUGCUCAACUCUCACGAGAUUACAUUUGUUCUCGUUAUCUAUUGAACCACUAAGUUCACCUUGCACGUUACCGAAUGUUACCUCACUUCUAUUUGACCGCGUUUGUUUUGGUACUAGAAAUGUUGGUGUUCGCUCUGGUACUCGAAAUCUUCCAAACUAUGAUGUCCAUGUUCCUAAGCUCAAGGAUUUGUCUUUUCUCUAUUGUGAGGGUGUGCCUCACUUUAACAUUACUGCCCGAAAUCUUUACAGUUUGACAAUAAUGUGUCGUUAUGGUAGCUACCUUCAAAGUUUUCUCACGGACAACUUGGACAUGCUUUCUUCUAUUUGCACUCUUGAAUUAGACUAUAGUGCUCUCCAGGGAUUCCUGCAAAUAUUUCCUUCACUAAAUGUGGAACAACUCAAGCUAUCAGAUUUUGAUUUCCAGUGGGAUGGUGUAGCUUCUACAUUUGUUUGCUUGCUCUGCAAAUGCCCAAAGUUAUGCAAACUUGAAAUUGUUUUUAAGCGGGUGGAGAAUAAAAGCAAGUGUAUAGAUGCUGAAUCGGAGGAAUUGAAAAAAGUCCGUAGUGAGGCACGAACACACCAGAUGCUUUCUUAUAUUAAGCUUAGCUCAUUCGAUGGAUCGAUGCUCCAAAUGCAUUUCAUUCAGGAGAUGCUUGCAUGUCUUCCCGCACUUGAAAAGGUUGUUAUUACUGGUGAUCCCUCCUCGGUCUUUGAUUGGAACAAAAAACGUAAAACCUCGAAAAGAAUCGCACGUUUUCCAUGUGCAUCUGUGAAAGCUAAAAUUGUUUAUCAAUGAAUGAUUGUCACAAUGUCACUCCAAGUUGAAUUUUACCUGCACUGAUCACUUAUAUCGUGGUUGUAGGGAUUACUUAGAUGUGAAAUGGUAGGAAGUUAUAUGCUCUCUCCAUUUCUAAAAAUACGGAGUAGUUUCUAAGUUGACUAAUGAGUGAAAUAAAGAGUAUAUUUAUAG